AGCAACACCACCACAGAAAAAAUGGUAGAUGUGGCCUCUGAUAAUCUGGAAUUGCCACCUUUGCGUAGUCUCGAUGAUUUCGUACUGGGUUCGGCCAGGUUUCAAAUACCCAACAUCAAGGAUUUCGACAAAUGGGGUAAUCGUGUGGUGAAGAAUCUCCUCUACUACCAGACGAAUUAUUUCCUUCUGUUUUUGGCCAUCUAUGGCCUUAUGAUGAUUGUGAAUCCAGUGAAAAUCAUUUGUGGACUUACCGUACAGGCUAUGAUCAUUGCCAUUAUCUUGCAUUUCUUCAGUGGCCAGACGAGAUUUGUACGCUUGAGGGUACCAGCGGCUGGUGGUGAUAACCAGAAAUGGUAUAUCCUCGGUGGUGCCCUGUUGGUUGGAUAUUUGUUGUUGCAUUGGUUCGAUGCUAUACUGUUGUCAUGUUUCACGUUGUUGUUGCCUUUCUCGUUGACAUUUAUUCACGCUUCUCUGCGUUUGAGGAAUUUGAAAAAUAAGGUGACAAAUUUGGCUACCGGAGUUAGCUUGAGCCCCUCAACGCCAAUGGGUGUAUUUUUGGAUGCAUUCAAUAUUGCUGCUGAUCGUGUGUUGAGUUAAAUUUGAUGAACAGA